AAUGUGUUACCGAAAGAGAAACAACACACAUUAGAAGAAAUGAAACAGGUGAUGAUCUUUAAGAGUAGGGAAAGGCCCAGGUAGGCCCAAGCCCACGGCACUAAAAAACGCGUUGGUUCCAAUAUCCAUUUCCUUACCCUAUUCAAUUCCGCACCGAGCAAUGGUCUCGCCGUGAAAUGGUAUGCUUCUGCAUUUACUGAGACUAAGACGGAGAGUGAUAGCAACUGCAUCAACUAAAAUAUCUUCUUCUUCUUCUUCUUCUUACUCUUCAAUCACACUCUCACUAUCUUCAAUUCCAAUGGCCGCCACCGAAGACUCCCUCCGCAAAGCCCUCGCCGACAAGCAAUCCGCCGUCGAAGCCCAAGGCAACGCCGUCCGCGCCCUCAAAGCAGCCGCCGCCCCCAAGCCCGAAGUCGAAGCCGCCAUCGAAUCCCUCAAUGCCCUCAAACUGGAAAAAUCCUCCAUCGAACGCUCCCUCCACUCGCUCCUGGCCGGCUCCGGUGCCGACACCCGCGAAGCCUUCCGUCAAGCCGUCGUGAACACCCUGGAACGGCGGCUCUUCUACAUCCCAUCCUUCAAGAUCUACCGCGGCGUGGCCGGGCUCUUCGACUACGGCCCUCCCGGUUGCUCCGUGAAAUCGAACGUGCUCUCAUUCUGGCGGCACCACUUCGUCUUGGAAGAGAACAUGCUGGAAGUUGAUUGCCCCUGCGUCACCCCCGAAAUCGUCCUCAAAGCCUCCGGUCACGUGGACAAGUUCACCGAUCUCAUGGUGAAGGACCUCAAAACCGGCACGUGCUACCGCGCCGAUCACUUGCUCAAAGACUUCUGCAACGAGAAGCUCCAACGUGACCUUACCCUUUCUUCUGAGAAAGCCUCUGAACUGAAGCACGUGCUUGCCACCUUGGAUGACCUCUCUGCGGAAGAGCUUGGUGCUAAGAUUAAGGAGUAUGGAAUCAUUGCACCUGAAACGAAGAACCCUCUCUCUGAUCCUUACCCUUUCAAUUUGAUGUUUCAAACUUCCAUUGGUCCCUCUGGGCUGAGCCCAGGCUUCAUGCGACCCGAAACGGCGCAGGGCAUUUUUGUCAAUUUUAAGGACUUGUAUUAUUACAAUGGCAACAAGUUACCCUUCGCUGCUGCGCAGAUUGGACAGGCUUUUAGGAAUGAGAUAUCUCCACGGCAAGGGCUUCUCAGAGUUAGGGAAUUCACUCUGGCGGAAAUUGAGCAUUUCGUAGACCCGGAAGAUAAGUCGCAUCCCAAGUACCCUGAUGUUGCUGACUUGGAGUUCUUGAUGUUUCCCAGGGAGGAGCAAAUGACAGGUCAGUCUGCUAAGAAGAUUCGUCUUGGUGAUGCUGUUUCCAAGGGAACUGUGAAUAAUGAGACUCUUGGUUAUUUCAUUGGGAGAGUGUAUCUUUUCUUGACGCGUCUCGGUAUAGACAAGGAUCGCUUGAGAUUUAGGCAACAUCUUGCCAAUGAGAUGGCUCAUUAUGCUGCUGACUGUUGGGAUGCUGAGAUUGAGUGCUCCUAUGGCUGGAUUGAGUGUGUUGGUAUUGCAGAUAGGUCUGCAUAUGAUUUGCGUGCUCACUCGGAGAAAAGCGGUGUUCCGCUAGUGGCUCAUGAAAAAUUUUCAGAACCCAAGGAAGUGGAGAAAUUGGUUAUAACUCCAGUAAAGAAAGAGUUGGGUCUAGCAUUCAAGGGGAAUCAAAGGAUGGUGGUUGAAGCACUUGAGGCAAUGCAUGAGAAAGAAGCUUUGGACAUGAAAGCUGCUCUGGAAUCAAAAGGGGAGGUGGAGUUUGAAGUGUGCACACUUGGGAAGACUGUUACUAUUAAGAAGAGUAUGGUGACCAUUCAAAAGGAGAAAAAGAAAGAACACCAGCGUGUUUUUACACCAUCUGUGAUUGAACCAUCUUUUGGAAUUGGGCGGAUAAUUUAUUGUCUCUUUGAGCACACAUUCUACAUGAGGCCAAGUAAAGCUGGGGAUGAACAGUUAAAUGUAUUUCGCUUCCCUGCACUUGUAGCUCCUAUUAAGUGCACAGUUUUCCCUCUGGUUCAGAAUCAGAAGUAUGAAGAGGUUGCUAAAUUAAUUUCCAAGUCAUUGACUGCUGCUGGAAUUUCACAUAAGAUUGACAUUACAGGUACGUCGAUAGGAAAACGGUAUGCAAGAACAGAUGAACUUGGUGUUCCCUUUGCUAUCACCGUAGAUUCAACAUCAUCAGUGACUAUUCGGGAAAGGGACAGCAAGGAUCAAGUGCGUGUUGAUGUGGAAAAAGCAGCUUCUGUUGUUAGGGAGGUAGCGGAAGGCCAGAGGACAUGGGAAGAUGUGUGGUCAACUUUUCCCCAUCAUUCCUCUACAGCUGCUGAUGAUUGAAUUUUAAGCUAGUCGCCAUCUGGGUUGACCUAUCAUAGUUUUGAGUUCUCCUGUUGCAAAAUUUUUGUGAUGUUUUUUGAACAAUGAAUUGAACUACAGGGAUAUUACUAAGUAUCAAUUAGAUACAUAUUUCUUUUUGUUUAAAUUAAGUUUCUGCAACAUAUGGGCUGAAUGACACACGGUUUUACUGUUAAACAUUAGUCAUAGAUAUAUGUUAUUUGACUAGUUUCUUGUUUGUCAAUACUCAAUGGCUUCUUGAGGUUUUGUCAUGCGGUUGGAACUUACUGCCUCAGUGUUAGGGGAGUCUCAACGAAUCUGAAAAUUACUCGAUAAUAUUUUUGUUUGCUUUAUCUGCUGAGGAUUUUAGGCCCCGUGGUUUAACCCCGAAAAGAAUAUGUUUUGCAUGAGUUAUGUCUGGAAUUGAUCUCUUGUGGCAAGCCAGUGAUUUUAUCCUAAUGCUGAUAGAAUU